UGACCAACAAAAUCCCCUUCCUAAUCUUCCCUUCCCCUCUCUCUGUCUCUUUCUUUCUCCACUCGUCGGCUCGGCUGAUUGAUUCCUCCUCCAGCACAGAACAGCACGCAUCUUCCAUCUCUUCUUCCUCCGCGUGGAUUCCUCGAGCGCCUUGCUUCUGCGCGUCUCCUCCCCCUCGCUUCCUUCCGCUCUAAGCAACCAAUUUGCGUCUUCUUUUUUAAUCAGAGCCUCAGAGCCAGUCAGUCAGUCUGGAUUGAUUGAUCUUCAUGGCCCGACCGCAACAAGUAAGUAAUUCUUGAUUUGGGGGGAGAAGCUAGGGGGGGGUGGGGGGGGGAUGCAUGGAGUCUGAUUCCGCGGAGGCCAAGAAGAAUCAUCAUCACAGCAUGUGUAAUGGGGAAGAUACCAACAAGAAGGCAUCGUCUCUCCGCUCUUGCAGCGAGGAACAAGAUUUGGAUUUGGAUUUGAUGGGCGAAGGGGGAGAAGGAGGAGAAGGGGACAAGUUGUUGGUCAAGGAGAAGAAGAAGGCAGCUUCCGCCAAGAGGAAAGUGCGCUUCAACGACUGCAGCCUCACCCAGGUCCUCGAGUUCCAGCCAAGCAACCGGGAGGACGCCAUUUCCUUGUGUGCCCAACUUUGCACUUGGCUGUGUGGACAGAGGACAGCAACUGAUACAUAGGUGCUGUGGUAGAAGAUGGGUCAUUUCCUGCUUUCUGCUUGUUUACUAUGUACGAGACGUAGUGAAACAAGAAGCCAGUAUUAUGCUGAAUACUCAAGAGGGCUGGAUGGGCGGAGAUAGAAGGAAACAUGAACAAAUGUAUGUAUGGUUGCUAGCUUGCUGCUGCCUGUUUCAUUUCUUCUGCUGAUAUAUGAGCACAUGCAUGCAGCUAAUGCCUUUGCCUCAGUUUUGGUGGCCAUGUAACAUCUUGUGAGUUUCAUCAAUUAAUUAAUUGCAUCACUAGCUUGUUCUGGCCACUCAGUUUGCUUCCGCUGUAUUAGGUGUUUUGACAUGCGAAUGCUGCUGCCUGUAUGCCAAUUCUUGGAGAAAUGGCGUACGUUACUUGCCUAUUUUCUGGAUUCUUCUUUCUGAAAUGUAAUCAAAAUACUACAGUUUUAUCCAUCGUUAAUUCCUAGCUAAGCUAUCUAUCUAUAGGCUAUAUAUAGCAGAUCGAUUUUGUUCCUAGCUUGUUUUAGGCAAUCAAUCAAGGCUAGCUGGUUUGCAUUGCAUAUUUCCAUGGCUGGUAGUGGUUGUACUGUUGUUGGUGCCUGCGCAUUGCAUCUUUCAUGCAUGCGCGUGUGCCUUCCUACCCUCCAUCUCAUGCCGGACGGUGUUGAAUUGGUUGGUUAUCAAUGGCCUGCCGCCGUCUCUCCUUGCUGUAGACGGUGGUUGCUGGUGCCAUUCCAGACCCAUUUCCUCCUGAUCUCCAAUGGCCCUUUGGUCGCCUCGACUCCCUCAACAGUGACGAGGUUCGCAACUCUGCCUAUGAAAUCUUCUUUGCCGCCUGCCGCUCCACUUCUGCCGGGGGCGCCUCGCAGUCGCUGGGGAUCAUCAUGAGGGUCAGGGAAGCAAGAUGUCGGCGGGUGCAAAGAACAUGGCUGUGAUGAGCCGCCUGAAGCGGUCCCUUGGCCUGCGCGCUAGAAGAUAAGGCCCAUGGUGGGAGCCUGGCCGGUGACGUCGGCGGAGAUCAUGCGGCGGCAGAUGGGAGUCAACGAGCAGACUGACGGCCGCAUCCGCAAGACCCUCACCCGCUUCCUCAUCGGUCCCCAGAUGCCCAAGAAGUCAGAAUCACUGGUGCUUCCCAUGGAGCUCCUCCGACAUCUCAAGGCCUUCCGAGUUUACUGACACAAGCGAGUACCACUCUUGGCAGCUUCGCCAACUCAAGCUCCUUGAGGCAGGCCUCAUCUCACACCCAUUUGUGCCGCUUGACCGGAGCCCCGUGGCGUCUUCUCUGCGCGAGAUGAUCAGAUCAACCGAGCCGCAGAUCGAUGUGCGCGCGCUCUCCACUGACGUGAUGGCUCUGGCGUGGUGCUCCGUUGAGGUUUGUCACUGGGCUGAUGGCUACCCCCUCAAGGUGCACCUCGAUUUGUCCCUUCUUCGUGCCGUCUUUGGCCUUAGGGACGAGAUGGCUGUGUUGGAUGAGGUUGAUGAGCUGUUGGAGUUGAUAAAGAAGACAUGGGACAUUCUGGGCCUCAACAAGACGAUCCACAAUGUCUGCUUCACCUGGGUCCUCUUUGAGAGAUAUGUCACUACUGGGCAGAUAGAGCCAGACCUGCUGUCGGCUACCUUGGCAAUGCUCCAGCAUGUCUCCAACGACACCAAGCAAGCCGAGCAGGAGCCAGGAUAUACCAGAGUCUUGUCUGCAACACUAGCCUCCAUCCACUCAUGGGCAGAAAACAAGCUGUUGGAUUACCAUGAGGCGUUUGAUAGAAGUGCAAUGCAGAAUGUUGUGGCACUCGCUGUCUCAGCGGCACAGAUGUUGAACCAACACAUUCCAGCUACUGCAGGAUUAUCUUUUUCUGCUACUGCUGCUGAUCUAAUUGAACGUUAUAUCAAAUCUUCGGUAUAGCAUGCUUUCGCUAAGGUGGACGAGAGUGGCAUUGCCAGGGCCGGGGGGAACAGCAGCAUGUUGGUGGAAGUGGAGGAAGACCCUAGCGAGACCCUGAUAUAUGUGGCCGCGCAGACCAAGGAAAUGGCGAGGGUGGAGAAAGACGUAUGGCCCCAUAUUGAGGCAAUGGCACCCUUGCCCGACCGCCAUUGCUGCCAUCACUCUGCACACCUGCUUCGGUACUUACCUCAAGCGCUAUGUGUCCAAGAUGGCCAGCAGCUGCCUCAGCAGCGAGUCUAUGCGUGCCCUGCAGACGGCCUCCGAACUAGACAAAUACCUGGUACAGAUGGCACAUGAUGAUGAUGUGUACGACAGUGGCAUCUCGAGUUACGAAGUGGACUCCAUCAUUCUUGGCCUCGUCAAUGGGUGGAUGGAUGAGCGGCUACAGAUCGGGGCAGAGUGUCAGGAGAACAAGAGAUUCAGAGACUUGGAACCCCAGUUCCAACAGCGAGCCUUACGCACAAUAUGCUGUGGAUCUCAUGAGAUUAGCCAAGGCGACGGUGGAUGAGCUCACGGAGAUGGAGAUUCGUCAACAACAACGGUCCACAACGAGCAUCUCGUCGACAGCAUCGACCGGCUUGUGCAUCGGUACGUGUCGCUCCUUGUUUCCACGUGUGGUACAGGGACCAAGGAGAGCUACAUCCCUCCAUUGCCGCCCUUGACAAGGUGCAACCGGGACUGCUCAACCUCAACUGUGGCAGCGGCAUUGGUGACACUGCUGCUGUUACCACGGCGAGGGUUCAGGUGGCAACGCGGGUGCGGCCCACCACCAGCAGAACCUAGCAUUCCUUGCCAGCGUCCCCGGUGACCGGUGGUGCGCGGGGUAAUGAAGGCCCUUCCUGAUGGUGCUCCUAGCUGGCGGCAGAGGGCGGUCAUUCAGUCGAGAAGACCACAAUGCCGUGGCUGAGGAUUUAAAGAGUCUGAAGCGUCUCUUCUGCAGCUGUGGGGUUGCGGUGGAUUCAGAGAUGGCCAUGGCAGAGGAGGUGGUGGACCUCAUGGCUCUGUCCAUGGAGAAGCUCAUCCUUUUUUUUUUUUUUAGAAUCAGAUGAAUCUCUUCCAGCUAAACUGAGCAGUACGAAACUGACAAGACGAAACUGACUGUUUUCGCCUGUGGAAGUUACUGGGCUGGGUCUUUUCAAGCCAUAAUUAAAUACGGGCCGCCAGAACUCUCUCAGCCCAAACUAGAAAAGAAAAGUUGUGGCUCGGCCCAGAUGGGCCUUGGGAGCUGAGGCGUCAGGAAGGAAUGCGAGGCCCAGAAAGCUGAUGCUUUUAUUAGUCCCCACUCCGCUGCGGCAGAAACCCAUUCGAGCCGACGCCGCCGCACAACUCUCCUCCAAACAUUCAACCAACCCUGGUCUCCGGCAAUGGCCCCGAAGCGCCAGGCCCAGCCGCCGCCACCGCCGGUCGCCUCCUCCGAGGAGACCGACUCCCGCUCGCGCUCCGACGAGUCGGAGGACGAAGAGACCGCCCUCGCGUCCCCUCCCCCUCCCACCACAAACCCGCCGGCGCCGCCGCACAAGGGCGAGGAGUUCGAGACCACCGACGAUGACGACCAAGAGGAAGAUGACGAGGAUGAAGAGGAGCGAGAGCCCGCUCGUGCGGCCCCCAAGAAUCCGCUUCCAGCCCCACAGCAACAAGGCGAGGAAUCCGACGAGGAGGGUGAGUCAUCUGAGUCUGACGAGGAGGCGCCGCCGCCAGAGCAGGCUGCGAAGAUGGAGGCGGAGAAGCUGAAGCCGCCCCCGUCGUCGGGCGAGGCCAAGAAGCCAGGCGGCAUCCCCCGCAUCUGGUCCACCGACGACGAGGUCCGCAUCCUCGAGGCCCUCGUUGCUCACCGCCAGGAGCAUGGCGUGCUGCCGCACCCCGACGCUCUCAUGGAGGCCCUCGCCGGCAAGCUCGACAACCGCACCUACGGCAGCAAGGAGCUCCAUUCCAAGCAAACUACUCUGAGGCAGCGGUACAACAAUGCCAUCAAGAGGGGUGAGGUGCCGACCAAGGAACACGACCGCCGGCUCUACGACCUCUCCAACAUCAUAUGGGGCAGCGGCAAGACUGCUGCGGCGAAGGCGAACGGCGACGAGCCUAGGAGUUUCGCCGAGAUGUGUGAGCUGUACCCAUACCUAGCAGAGGAGGUGAAGGAGCUGGAGGCGGAACACCCUGGCCUGUUCAAGAGGGAGUUCGGGAAGAUGGACGACGACAAGGCACGAGUGAUGGAUGCCAAGAUCAAGAGGCAGAGGCUGGUGCAGAUGAAGGUGGAGAUGCGCCGCGGCGACCUCACCAAGGAGGUGAGAAAGACACUCAUCGAGCUGCUCGACUGACGGGCGCAGGCUGGUAACCAAGCUUUUUGAUGGGGAUAGCUGGAAAUCAAUAUUUUGUGCUAGAACUGCAAAUUGUGGCGUGUUUGGUGGUGUAAGGAUGUUUGUGUGUGACGAGAGCGUAUGCUAGAACUGCAAAGUACCAUGUUUUGGUGGUGUUAGAUUGUUUCUCUGAUGAUAUAGCAUGCUGAAACUGCAAACUGUGGCUUUAUUUCGUAUUUUCGUAUGAUUAGGGAGAUGGUCCAACAUUUAGAAAACUGGUGCAAGAGUAUAUCCUAUUUUCGUUUGAUCAGACAACGCCCCGUUAAAUGAAACCAGUGCUCAGAAUAGAGAGUGUCCAACAUUCAGAAAACUGAAAGGAACAAGAAUAAACUGUAUACUCCCUCCGAUACAUAAUAAGUGUCGAUGAUUUAGUAUAACUUUAGUACAACUUUGUACUAAAUCAGCGACACUUAUUAUGGAUCGGAGGUUAUGGUUGAUUGAUGAUUAUCCUCCACCUCUCCCAGUAAAUACUGGUAUUUAAACUCUUGCUGAUCUCAUGCUGAAGCUUUCUGAAGAUCUUCAGAUCUGGCCUCACAGCUCUAAAUUCAGGUUAAGAGUUGCUCUUGGACCUAAAGGAGAUUUGAUUCUCACUUGAUUUAGAAACACCAACGCUGAUGGAAGAUCUUUCUUACUUUACAUUUUGAUGUCACACAUACUUCUCCGUAUCAGACAUGAGGGAUUACAAAGAGAAAUACUUCAGGAAUUUAAUGUGGCGUAUGUAGAAGUAUGACGAGGUUAACCACAAGAAAAAAGAGCUAUGUUCGAUACUUGGUCUACACUCCCUUCAGAACAUGGCCCUUGUAUCAGAAAGCAAAGAGUUAUAUAUUGUGGAUUCACCUACAUGGGUUGUCUAUGCAGAUGUUUUCACCUUCAGGUUGCUUUUUCAUAAUUUGGUUGUGUGCUCUUUUAGUCAAUUGCAAUCUCAUUCCUGAGUUUCUUAAACAUUUCCUUCCAUUUAACCGUGUUUUCUUGUUAUACCAUGGCAACUUUACAUUUAUGAUUUCAGUUUCCACUCCUUUAAAACAAAGGAACUUUUAUUCGUCCCCACCUUACUAAGGAAAGCUGAGUAGCAACGCAAGUAUGUGGCUGCUAAUGUGAAUUCAAGGAACAAGCCCUAACCAAAAAGGGCUAUACUUGUUGAACAAAAGGACAAGAAAGAAAUACAGCUCAGGAUAUUGAAAGGAACAUGCGGAAAAUUUACUGUUUUUGUUUCUUCUGAUGCUUGAAUUAAGUAAUAGACAAGUAAAAUCUCAGUUCUGAAAUCUAUGUAAAUGGGUGAGAUCUGUUUGACCUCGUGGGGGUACAUAGCUGUGUUCCAAAUGUUACAACCAUGCAAUAAAGUUGUUUCAUUUAGGUGCUGAAUGUAGCCAGCCACCAAUAAACUUUCUAAAGGUGGUUAACUUAUCGAAAUUAUUUAUGUUUUUCCGUUCGCUUCAAAUUAUUAUGUUAUAUUUGCUUCAUUGCUAACUGAUGCAUUUUUUUACCAAGUGAUGUAGAAGAAGAUGCUGAUUUUCUAGAGUGCUUCUCUUUUGCUAUAGAAAGUGCAAGUCUUCUAGUGGGUUGCUUGUUAUAUGUUCAAAUGACACAAAGCUAUCCAAGAAGGUUGUAACCUUCCCAACUUGAAAUAUAGAAUAUGCAAGCACCAGAUAUUCUAUAUACCCAAGGAAAAUUUUACUGGAAAGGGGAGAGUCCGGCGGAGCUGCCUAUUUGAGCUGGAGGAUGCUCCAUGGACAGGAUAGAAGGAGGGGCAAGAAGGCCUAGUAGGAUACGCCGACUGUGAAAUUUCUGAAGAAAUAUAUUCAUUAUGAGAAGAACCUUAUUCAGCCUAAGCUCACUGAUGAGCUCUUGCAGGCAUCUGAUCAUAUUGCAGCUUCGUAUGUUGAUCUCAGGGGUGGUGGUGCAAAUGCAAAGUCUGGUGGAGGUACACUUCCAAUUACAGCGAGGACAUUGGAAACAAUAAUUCGUGUAUCUACUGCCCAUGCCAAGAUGAAACUGAGGUUCUCAAAACUGAUGUUGAGGCUGCAUUGCAAGUUCUGAAUCUUGCAAUAUUCCAUAAGGAAUUGAUUGAGAAGGAAGGCCGUGAACAGAGAGAGAUGGAGAAAUAACAAGCUGAACAUGAUGCAGAUGCAAGUGGUGGCACGGCAGAUGGGCAUUGAGGUCCAACUGGUGGCACUGCAGAUGGGCAUGAAACUCUGGCAAUGACCUGAUGGAUGUGGAUGUAGGGACUACAUCAAAUGAUCAGGAUGUUUCUUCGCAGAGGUUACUACACUUGCGAAGCUCGCAAAUUUUGAUUCUUGUAUGCAGCUGAUUUAUUAUUUAUUACUUUUGUUUCUUGCGUUUCUUUGUGAUUUCAUAAUGUACAAAAUUGAAGUUUUUGGAGCUAUUCUUGGUCAACAUGUGAGCAAACCAUAUCGAUCAAAUUUCUCAAUUGAUGACAUUGAGCAGACAAUUAAUAGAGAAGCAGCUGCACCGUACAUUAGAGGCCAAGUAGAUUUCUCUAGGUCAUUUCUCAAUGUAACAUCAAUAUGUAGUAUCCUUGUGUGCUUGAGUA